AUGAACUCUGCACUUUGGUCUCUCGCAUCGAGACCAGGGUUCUCUCUAUUUCGCCACAAACAAGGAUUCCAGAUAUGUUCUUUAACCAAAUUCCGACAUCCUCUUAUCUCCAACUUCGUCAGGAACAAAGUUUCCGCUGUAAAUACACCACAUACACAAGCUCAAACACCACCUUCAUCAAAUGACAUUUUUCUUCAAGGCAAUACGGCAAACUAUAUUGAGGAAAUGUACGAUGCGUGGCUUAAAGACCCUGAAUCGGUUCACUUGUCGUGGCAAGUGUAUUUCAAAAAUAUAAAAUCCGGCAUACAUCCCAGAAAUGCAUAUCAACCUCCUCCAACGUUGGUCCCUCUAACCGGAAUGGCAACCACUGUUGCUCAAAGUGUACAAAUGUCCGACUCUUUUGAUAUCAAUGAUCACAUGAAAGUUCAACUUUUAGUAAGAGCUUAUCAAGUUCGUGGGCAUCAUAUCGCGAAAUUGGACCCCCUGGGAAUUAUGAAUGCUGAUGCUAGCCUACCAAAAGAACUUGAUCCUAAACAUUACGGAUUCACCGAAGGGGAUCUUGAUAGGCUAUUUACUAUCGGGCCAGGUAUUUUACCUGGUUUCGCUGAGGAUGGUGAAAAAGUGACGCUUCGUGAGAUUGUCGAGUGUUGCAAAAAGAUUUAUUGUGGUACCAUCGGCAUUGAAUAUAUUCACAUUCCUGAUAAAGCUCAGUGUGAUUGGAUCUCGGAGCGAGUGGAAAUACCAAGACCUUAUAAUUAUUCGGUGGCUGAAAAGAGAAUGAUUUUAGACCGUUUGAUUUGGUCAGAUUCAUUUGAGAGAUUCGUGUCUGAGAAGUAUCCCAAUGAAAAAAGGUUUGGCCUGGAAGGAUGCGAGAGCCUAAUACCAGGUAUGAAGGCUCUGAUUGAUAGAUCAGUUGAUCGCGGUAUUGAAUUAAUUUUUAUUGGUAUGCCUCACCGUGGUCGUCUAAAUGUACUUAGCAAUGUGAUUCGUAAACCCAAUGAGUCUAUAUUCUGUGAAUUUACCGGAACCGAUGCUUCGGAGGAAGGUUCUGGUGAUGUAAAGUAUCACCUGGGUAUGAAUUAUGAUCGGCCGACACCAUCUGGAAAACAUGUUCACCUUUCGUUAGCGGCCAAUCCAUCUCAUCUGGAAGCGGUGGAUCCAGUUGUGCUAGGAAAAACGCGCGCUACUCAACAUUAUAUGAAAGAUGAAGAGCGUCAGCAUUCCAUGGCAUUAUUGUUGCAUGGAGAUGCUGCUUUCGCUGCUCAAGGAGUCGUUUAUGAAACAAUAGGUUUUCAAGAUUUGCCCAAUUAUACGACGGGUGGUACAAUUCACAUAGUGGUCAAUAAUCAAAUCGGGUUUACUACUGACCCUAGAUUUGCUCGUUCAACUCCAUAUUGCUCUGAUAUUGCUAAAGUGGUGAAUGCACCUAUUUUCCAUGUUAACGGUGACGAUGUGGAAGCGGUGACUUUCGUAUGUCAGCUUGCCGCCGAGUGGAGACAGACUUUUAAAAAGGAUGUCGUUAUUGAUGUUGUCUGUUAUCGUAAGCAUGGUCACAAUGAAGUCGAUCAGCCUAGUUUUACUCAACCAAGGAUGUACAAACAGAUUGCAAAACAAACAAGCACGCUUGAAAAAUACAUUCAAAAACUUUUGAAUGAAAAAACCUUCACAAUUGAUGAUAUUCAAAAGCACAAGCAAUGGGUAUGGGAUAUAUUGAAAGAUAGUUAUGCAGCGAGCAAGGAUUAUAAGCCUACUAGCCGUGAAUGGUUAUCUAGUCCUUGGAAUGGUUUCAAGUCCCCCAAAGAAAUUGCAAAUGCAAUCACGCGUGCUUAUCCUACUGGUUCUUCACAUGAAGCGCUUAAACAUGUUGGUCAAGUUAUAAGUUCAUAUCCUCCGAGUUUCCGCGUGCAUCCAGGUCUUACUAGGAUAUUAAAGGCUCGGGAAAAAGCUAUAGAGGGAGGCACGAAUAUUGAUUGGCCAACUGCUGAAGGUCUUGCAUUCGGUUCCUUGUUAAUUGAAGGAAAGCAUGUCCGUUUGUCUGGUCAGGAUGUUGAGCGUGGUACUUUUUCACAACGCCACGCUGUCCUUCACGACCAAGAAAACGAAGAGCAAUACGUACCUUUGAAUAAUAUACGGCCUGGUCAAGCCCCAUUUACUGUUUGUAACUCAUCUCUUUCUGAGUUUGGCACUCUAGGAUUUGAACUUGGUUAUUCGUUGAUUGAUCCUAAUUCACUUGUUUUAUGGGAAGCGCAAUUUGGUGAUUUUGCAAAUAAUGCUCAGUGCAUUAUUGAUCAAUUUAUUGCAGCAGGUGAAAAGAAAUGGCUUCAGCGAACUGGAAUGGUGAUAUUAUUGCCUCAUGGUUAUGAUGGUCAAGGUCCUGAGCAUUCCAGCGGACGCAUCGAACGUUUCCUUCAACUUUGUGACGAUCAUCCAUAUGUUUUCCCUUCUCCGGAAGGAAUGAAUCGUCAACAUCAAGAUUGUAAUAUGCAAGUAGCCUACUGUACUACGCCUGCAAAUUACUUUCACAUUUUACGGCGACAGAUUCAUCGCGAUUUUAGGAAACCGUUAAUAUUAUUCACAUCAAAGAAUCUUCUUCGACAUCCUAUGGCUCGCUCUACACUUGAGGAAAUGACUGGAGAUAAAUACUUUGCCCGUUAUAUACCAGACCCACAUCCGGAAACGCUGGCCGCACCUGAAAAAAUUACUCGUCAUAUUUUGUGUUCGGGUCAAGUUUAUUAUUCCUUACUUAAAGCUCGCGAUCAAAAUAAGAUGGAUCAUGUUGCUAUCUCUAGACUUGAACAAUUGUGUCCAUUUCCUUAUGACUUAUUAUCUAAACACGUUGACAAAUAUCCAAAUGCCGAACUUGUGUGGGCGCAAGAGGAGCCAUUAAAUGCGGGUGCGUGGACCUAUGUAGCUCCGAGAAUUAGAACACUUAUGAAUAAUACUAAACAUGAAGGAAAAGCAGCUAAGCCUGCUACUCGUUUACCAACGGCAUCACCCGAGACGGGUAACAAGAAGCAGCACAUUCAACAGGAGCAUAGCUUGUUAUCACUAGCACUUACGGGGCAAAUUAUUAAACCUAGUGAUGUGGUUGGUGGUGUACCGAUCUGGACAUGA